AAAUAAUUUGAGCAUAUGUAUAGAUUUAGAGAAUACUUAUAAAUAUAGGCUAGGAGUUUCCUCAUCGGAUGGACGGACAUAUAGUACAUCAAGGCAAUAUCGACUUCAAGGAGGCAAAGAGUAAAUGGAAAUCAAGAUGGGCUAUCCUGGAGAAAUCAGACCAACCUGUACCACCAGAGGUUGACACAGACAAUAUGAGACACUCAAACUACACAAGUUUAGUUAUUCGGAAGAACCGAGAGGGAGAAGUACGUCUUGCUAUCCCCCUCUAUUACUUGUGUGUUGUUGACAAAUACACCAUCGACAAGAAAACCUAUGGAAUCACGCUGAUGGUAGCGAACAAGCCCACAAACACCGCCGACACCUACCUACUCCAGUGCGAGACCCAAGCCCAGACGGACGUGUGGCUUGACUACUUUAACUCUAUCGUCGGGGCAGAUAUGCACAAGUUCGAAGUAAAACUUCCGAAGAUCAUCAAAACGAAGUACAACGGACCCGGCUGGUUGUAUUUCUACGAAGAGCAGAAGUUUGUCACCAUCACAACCGACCACAAGAUACCGCAAUAUUACGGCACUUGGCCUAUUCAGCUUCUCAGAAAGUACGGCGGAGACGAUCCCAACAAGUUUGUCUUUGAAUCCGGACGACGCUGUUUCGGUGGAGUCAACAUAUACCACGUGGCAUCUUCUCAAGCGUAUGACAUCCGCGGGCUCUGCAAUAAGAUCUCGUCAGCGCGCGGCGGCGCAACAACUACCGGCUGCUUGGCUAACUCAACGUUACCUGGGUAUGCAGAUACCGAACCUCGGUACAGAAUAAGUCUGGACGAUGACGCUUCAGCGGCAGCAGGAAAUAAGGGAGAUAGGAAUUUCCCGGGCCAGAACGCGAGAGUGCGGGCGGCAGAGCGGCCCCUGACAGUUGUUUCUAACGGAAGUGUGGCCAGUAAUACCAGCAAGAGAAGUAGCGGCAGUUCCAGCAACGGAGAAUCGCAGGCGCCGCCCAAUGUGUAUCACGCUGGGAUGCGCCUAAAGUCGCGGUCUAUGGAUCAUAGCUACUCCACCGGGGACUUCAGGGGCUCCAACUCCUCUCUGGAAAUGCGCCAAUACUCCAAGUCAGUUGACCAGCCAAACCGGAGAAUGUCUGGGAAUAUGACAGUACCGAGUAUGUACUACGACGGAAUUAUCUACGAGGACGAGGAUGAUCCGAGGAGCAGGAUAAACUCCGGGCAGUCAACUUCCAGCUUCAGAGGAUCCCAGCAGUCCAUGGUGCGGCAAAUGUCACUAGACAGGAAUGGUAGUAGGCCCAUGUCCGAUACUAUUGACAGUGGGGUCAGCUUCAGGAGCUCCAACAACUCAAUUCUGAGCAACAGAUCCUCCCGCGGCAGCUUCUCAUCAGAUCUGAACCUGGGUGAGACGGAGAUCGACAGUGGUGUGGACACGCUGGACAGUCUCAACCGAGGAGCACCUCCCCAAGUCUCCAACACAGCGGAACCAUCUCCACAAGACUUGUACAUGGUAAUGCAGCCCACUGGAAUGCAGCCCAUAACCGAGAACAAACAUGUCUUGCAUACCGACGAGUUUGGUGGAGUUUACGAAACAAUGAUUCAGAAUGAGAGACAGGAAGGUUACACGACUCUCAGAAACGGAGCAAGCCGGCCCCCAGUCCAGGAUAACGGUAUGAGUACCUACAUGGUUCCCAAACCUUUAGGCCAUCUAGCCGCCGCCCCACCUCAUUCGCCCCUCUCCUCCCCACAGAUACCAGGAGUUAAACAUAUUAACUACCCUACUUCUCCUCAACAAACUGUUGCUCAGGUACCGGCUGAUAACUACAUGAACAUGGGAGCGUACAACACGCCCACAGCAGCGCCCACCGCGCCCACAUCCCACAGCAACUACAUGAACAUAGACAACCUGCAGAGUGCACCCGCCCCGCACCUCUCCGCCCAACCUGCCAACCACUCCAACUACAUGAACAUCGACAUGUUGUCCCGGACUCUCGAGAAAAACGUCAGUAUUGAUACCUCCACCAGUUACACCAACAUGGGGGGCGUCUCUUACCCACGCCAGAAUACCGGAGCUAGUUACGGAAAUUACAUGAACAUGCCCGCUCCUACUGAUGCCCCUGUACCCGCUCCGCGGAAGGUAUCCUCCACCCAGGCGAUAUACGACACGCCAACAAACCACCUCCGCGCGUAUGCCAAUGUAGACAAUAAGUGCAUCGCCAUGUCAGUGUCGAACCCUAUCUAUGGGAACUGUGGCGGAACAGCUCAAAAGCUGCAAACAUGAGUUUCAUCUUGUGGGAUAUUAUCUGUGCAGAAAACAUGAUUGUUUGUGAUUGGUCAGUGCUCCGACCAAAUAUAGGUUACAAAACGAUAUGUACAACAAAGACUAGGCAAGCGUGCCAUGGGCGUGGCACUUGUAAGCGCACGCACCAGAGUGGCGUGGCACGUCUAAGCGUCCGCACCAGUGUGCCGUGUGAUUGUUUGUUUUGAGAACCCUUAUCUCUGAGGAAUGCGAGAGAAAGAGAGACUACAGAGCUCGGAUAACACUGUUGGUUGUACACAGUUGCUUUAGUUUUCUUAGACAUUCUGCAGUGUCCCCGCGUUUUUUAUAUGAUACCUACUUGGACUCGAUUACAAGACUGAAUCUCAACCUGUUUAGAAAUUAUAUACAAUCAAAUUGUUUGAUAUACGUAUAAUUUUAGUGUCAUUUUGUUUGAGGAAUCUAAUCUCUCCGUUGACGACAUCAAUUUUUUAUAUCAAUGUUUUCUACCAUCAAAUUUCUUGCUUGAUGGUAUGUAUUUUGAUUAUAGUGUUGUCAAACACAGUUGGCCACUAAGAUUUAUGAAAAUAAAACCCUCUUCUCAAUAUUUAUUUGUAGGUAUAUAUUAAUUAAUUGUAUCUUAAUUGUAUCUUAAUUACAGCGCCAGCUGUUACUGCAUGAUCUAUAUCUCAGUGGCUAAUUCAAUUUGACAACCCUAUAGUAUUUCUAAAAUACUUAAUUUCAAGAAUGAUCUGACGGGUAAAAUUUUGACUGUUAUUAUUCGGUGCUGUGUUUAUUUACGAUCAAAACAAGACCUUUUUUAGACAAGGAAUUAGUUUAAUACCUCUUUAUACUUAGUAAAGUUAGUAUAGGAUAUAGGACAUUAACAACUUUGACUAGAGCGAGAGAUA